GUAUUUGUGAACGUGUGUUUGUAUGUGAUGGGAAAGAAAGAAAGACGUGCGAACAGAACCAUGAGUACCGCGUACUGCUACUAGCGUAGCAUAUUCUAGGCCAUCCUAGGCUUGUAUUUGAAUUUAAAUAGAACAAAAUGUUACGUACUUUGAAAAAUAUCACAAUUUGUUUCCUUGAAAAACCAAGUUUUCUAUAUUCUAGUUUUGACAUAGAACUUCCAGAGAAACCAAGGCUGGGAAUGGUGCUCAAAGUUCCCAACCUGGCCAAGCCCAAGAAGGAACCAAGGCAACUAAUUGAUCUGCGUGGUCCGGCUACAGAAGGUACUACUCUAGAACUCAAACAGUUUGGUUUGCAGGCCAAAACUGCAGGCUACAUGAAGUAUGGUCACUUUGAGAUGAUACGUUUGACGAUCAAUCGUUUCAUGGACACACGGCGGAUGUUUGCAAUCUGGCGAAUAAAACCACCAUACAAACCUAUUACCAAGAAGGGCCAGGGUCAGCGUAUGGGAGGAGGCAAAGCGAGUAUUGACCAUUAUGUAACCCCAGUAAAACCAGGUCGAAUUGUUGUUGAAAUUGGAGGAAAAUGUGAGUUCGAGGAAGUUGAGCCAGUACUUAAAGAACUCUCAAAGAAACUCCCAUUUCGUAGCAAAGUUGUUACCCAAGCAAGUCUGGAAGAAGAUGCAUUGGAAGAAAAGAGAAUUGAGGAAGAGAACAGUAAUGAAUGGACAUUUAAAAGAAUUGCUGAUGGAAACUACCUAGGAAUUAAAAAGUAUCUUGGUCCUUAUGAUUUCAAAUGGUAUGGAAAAUAUAGGUAGUGACCAACAAUAAUGAAAUGUGGAACUGCAGAAUGAAGGAAAAAAUUGAAGUGAGGAGAUAUUUUAUGUGAAAUAGUAUGAGACGAAAAAUUUGAAAAUAAAAGGAAAUCAUGCUUCAAU